UCUAGGUUUGAGCUCAGAAGAAGAAGAAGAAGAGAGCAGAAUGGAAUCAAGCAAAAAGCGAAAAGGGGCGAAGAGACGUCACCACACAGCUUCAAAUGAAAAACCCAAAGCUGAAAGAGUCAAUGAAAACAAAGAAGAACAAAACCCAAAAGCUUCUAAGCGCAGAAAAUCUCAGGGACCGGUCUCCAACUCCUCCUCCAGUUUUCUCGAUAAGAUGAAAGCUAAGCUGUCAGGAGGGCACUUCAGAAUGCUUAAUGAGAAGCUCUACACUUGCACUGGGGAAGAGGCGCUUGAGUAUUUCAAUGACGACCCAACAUUGUUUGAUACAUACCAUGCAGGAUAUCAAGAGCAAAUGUCACAUUGGCCUGAGCUGCCGGUGAAUAUAAUCAUAAAAUGGCUAAAAGAUCACAGCCCGUCUCUAGUUGUGGCUGAUUUUGGAUGUGGGGAUGCACGCCUUGCAAAAAGUGUGAAGAACAAAGUUUUCUCCUUUGAUCUCAUCUCAAAUGAUCCUUCAGUAAUUUCUUGUGAUAUGGCAAAUACUCCCCUUUGCUCUUCAUCAGUAGAUGUUGCUGUAUUCUGCCUGUCAUUGAUGGGGACUAAUUUCCCAAGUUACCUUAACGAAGCACACAGAAUUCUUAAGCCACGUGGCUGGCUUUUGAUAGCAGAAGUGAAGAGCAGAUUUGAUUCCAAUACUGGAGGAGCAGACCCCAAGAAGUUCACAAAAGCAGUUUGUGAUUUAGGAUUUACCUCUGUGGCGAAGGAUUUCUCAAAUAAGAUGUUUAUAUUGUUUUACUUCAAGAAAAAGGAGGAGCAAAUUUCGAAGAAAAAGGAUAUUGAUUGGCCUGAGUUGAAACCUUGUCUGUAUAAGCGCCGCUGAGAUGGAAGGCUGCUUGACCCUUUGAGAUUAUAGCGAAUGCUGAACCUUAUCACUUUUGCAUGGAAUUAUUCGAAGACAGCAAUGGACAAAUGGUCUUAUACGAGAUACGGUCACACAAAUACCCAAAAGAUUGAGAACCUUUCGUCCGAUAGAUGGGUAUUUGCGAGCUUCUAUCUGCUUAUAGAGCCUACUCUCGAUCAGAGGGGAUGGAGGGAAUGGGGGGAAUAGAUCAUCUGCUUGCCCCCGUAUAUCCGUGUCACCUUGUACUCUCUAUAAGCUGAUGUGCUUAAUGUUAAUGCAUAAAUUUUGGUCGAAAAAUGUUAAUGCAUAAAUUAGUGAAUCAUAGACUUUUGCCAUGCACAAUUUCAGAUGACUUGAGAAUUUUGGAGAUUGUCUAAUCCUGUGAACUCAAAUGAUAUUGAUGUACUUGUGCUUUCA